GCAGCCAAUGAGUAUUGAAGGAUUUGAUUGAGAUGUACAAAGUUUCUGUUGGUUUUCUUCUCCUUUGGGUCUCUAUUUUGUCACCUCCAUUUAUAGAAAGCGGAAUAUCUGGCCUUAAUUCUAACCUUGGACCUCAUAGAAGAUUGUGCUAAUGUGGCAAUAGAGUCACUUGGAUAGGAGCUCGUGGCGUUGGGUAGCUUUCCUUUGGGAGAAAUUGUUGACACUAAGGAGGGGCUGCCCACCUUCCUGCCUUCAGGAGUGUGAGGCUGUGAGCCUCGCUGCUUCACACUGCUUUCACAUGCUUCUGAAGUACAGAGCAAACACAGCAGUGUAAUUGGAUAGGCCUUCGUUGCAAUGUUAUUCCACUGUGCCUGCUGUGGUAUUGUUUUUAAAAUGGCUUUUAAAGAACUUGAAGUUCUGUGUUGACAUUCAUCUCGUGUAAUGAUUACUCUCAAUUGUUUUAGGUUGAGCAGCAUUAAGGUGUGCUGUGCAAAGUGCACCGGUAAGUAGCACUGGCUUGCUCGGCCGUGUACUGGUGGAAAUAAGAAAUCCAACACUGAUAGUUUCUGCCUGUUGACUUUUACAAUGUCAAGAUACUAAAGCAGUACUGAAAAACAGGACAUUUUUCAAUGUUUUUAUGUUGAAAUGAAUUGCCAGACCUUACAUUUUGUGUUCAGUGAGAAAAAAGAAUCCACGUAGCUGUACUUUCUGCUAGGAGGAAGAAAGAGUCUUCUGCUCAAAGUGCUGGUUGUUUAUUUAGAAGGUUGAAAAAAUAUCUGUCUAUUGGAAUGUUUUCCUUGUGCUGCACGGGGUGAACUGUUAUGUAGCUCCAGGGCGGUUCAUGACAGAGAGAUCUGGAGGUGGGGCUUUGGAUUUAGGGAGAUGGGAAGGAAGAGCGUCUGAGUAGUCAGCUGUCCUGUGCAUUGUGCUUGCCAGAUCAGCAGAAGACAGUUGCCUGUAGAAUGCCAUCUGCUCUUUUGUCUGCUUUAGCUGUCAAGACGUGGAGCUGCGAGAAGGGAGCUGGAACUGGAGCUGGAGCCCUCCCAGGAGCAGCAGUCCUGCAGCAAACGGAGCUCUCGGUCAGACGGUCUGACUUUCGGGUGGCCCUGCGUGCAGCCAGGAGUUGGACUCGACGAUCAGCCCAUCGAUCGGUCGAUUCUCUACGCAGGGACGUGGAAGCGGGAGGCGGCCGCUCCCUUGCGGAACUGCAGCACCACUGCCCCGUGCUGGCGGCCGUCCCUCCGGCACCUCGGCACGGACAUCCUACCUACCUGCACGCUGUUAGCUGCUGCCUCCAUUCGGGCCGACUCCCGACGUAAAGGAGGGCGGGCGGAGGGUGCGCACCGGCACACGUGGCGGCCUCCCGGGCCCCCCCCGGCGGGAGGAGGCGGUGCCGGGGAACGGCUGCGGGCGGCAGGAAGUGCAGUAAGACCAUGAACCUACAGCAGGGAAUUGGGCGCUGCAGGAGCUUGACAGAGGAGAAGAGCUGACGUGCUGGGCUCAGACCCACCAGCUGAAGGCAGAGGGAGUGUAAAGGGCAUGAUGAACAUGCCACAUGAUGCCAGAGGGGAGGGCCAUGUGCAGGAGCUGUUCCACGAGGAGGCCCAGCAGGAAUCCCAAACACAGAGCAGGCCCUGGUGGAAGAUCCAGCUGUUCGUGUGGGAGCCGGUGCUUUUUGGGACAUGGGAUGGCGUCUUCACCUCCUGCAUGAUCAACAUUUUUGGAGUGGUUCUUUUCCUGAGGACAGGAUGGCUUGUGGGAAACACUGGUGUUGUGAUGGGCAUGUUUCUGGUGUCCUUUGUGGUCCUGGUUGCUCUGGUGACAAUCCUAUCUGGAAUUGGGGUCUGUGAGAAGUGCAGCAUUGGAAGUGGAGGCGUCUACUCCAUGAUCUCUACUGUCCUUGGAGGUCAAGUCGGGGGGACCAUUGGGCUCCUUUAUAUUUUUGGCCAGUGUGUUGCAGGUGCCAUGUACAUCACUGGCUUUGCAGAAUCCAUCGCGGAUGUACUGAACCUCAGCAACAUCUGGGCAGUGCGAGGCAUUUCCCUGGCAGUGCUGCUGGGGCUGCUCGGGAUCAACCUGGCAGGGGUGAAGUGGAUCAUCCGCCUCCAGCUCCUGCUGCUCUUCCUGCUGGCUGUCUCAACGCUGGACUUUGUCAUCGGGUCCUUUUCACACCUUGAUCCGGAGCACGGUUUUGUUGGCUACUCUGAAGAGCUUUUAUUUAACAACACGCUGCCAGACUACAGCCAGGGGGAGUCCUUCUUCACUGUUUUUGGAGUGUUUUUCCCAGCUGCCACAGGUGUGAUGGCUGGGUUCAAUAUGAGUGGAGAUCUCCAGAAGCCUGCUACCAACAUUCCCCUGGGGUCUCUGGCUGCUAUUGGCACCUCGUGGUUUCUCUACAUGGUCUUCGUCUUUUUGCUAGGAGCCAUUUGCACCCGUCAGUCUCUCCGCUACGACUUCAUGAUAGCAGAGAAGGUAUCUUUGGUGGGCUUCUUGUUUCUGCUAGGGCUGUACAUCUCAUCCCUGGCCUCCUGCAUGGGGGGGCUCUACGGGGCGCCCCGAAUCCUGCAGUGCAUCGCCCAGGAGAACGUGGUCCCCAUGCUCGCCUUCCUUGGACGUGGGAAAGGACCCAACAAGACUCCAGUAGCUGCAAUUUGCUUAACAAGUCUCAUCACCAUGGCUUUCGUCUUCAUUGGGCAAGUGAACGUUCUUGCUCCGAUAGUCACCAUCAACUUCAUGUUGACAUAUAUUGCUGUAGACUACUCCUAUUUCUCGAUCUCCUUGAGCUACGACGUUCAGCAAAAACCUGGCAAGGCACUGAUGGAAAACACUAAGCCUCCUCACUCUUCCCAGCCCUUGAUUUUUAACAGGCCCUCCUGCCAUGCAUCAGAUGGAAUAAUUCAAAGCAGAUCGAAUGGUACCUUGCUGGAAUUCAGAAAAGACAUGGACCAGCUUUUUAAACCAUUUCGUGAUGAGCCAGAUGCUGGCAAAAAGGAAGGAGCUGAGAAUCUCCUGCAAAAAGUCAAACAGAAAAAAGCAAAGAAGCCAGCCAAGCAAAUGUUACAAGACAGCUUUCUUCUGGAUCUUGAUCACGAUGCUCCUCCAACUCAGUGUGGUUGGGAUGAGACCAUGGAGCCCCCACCCAAAAGCCAGCAGUGUGAGGUGGGAUCGUGCUGGGCACUGCCUGCUGUGGAUCACCGGGGGCCACCUGAGCAUGGGGAGCAGCUGUGCAACAAGGCACCAGAGGUCUCAGGUCGUGGGAUGGGAGAAUCAUCUACAAGGCAGCAAAAUCUAGAGCUGGAAAUUCAGCAAAUUCAAAAAUCCUUCUACUCCAAAUUCUGCAAUUACUGGGUUUCCUUUGCUGGUGCAAUUGUGUCCCUCAUCAUAAUGUUUGUCAUUCAGUGGAUCUACACCCUUGUCAGCCUGGGGGCAGCGGUGGUUCUGUAUUUCUACAUCGGCCAAGUGAGUCCAGGACUCCCCCUGGGAGCAGCAGCGAAUUUCAGUUUGUUCAGCUGGAUUAAGUCUGUUUUGACCACCCCAUGCAGGAGGAGGCCGUUGCCGAAGGAGCAGAUCGUGGUGACCCCAGCCUUUGCAACAGUGGGCAUGGAGACCAGGCAGCUCACCGAGGAGAAUGAGGACUUUGCCUCCAGGCACCGCUACCACCAGUCCUCCCUCAUCAGCAGGGAAGAGUUCAGGAAUCAGUUUCAGUAAAGUUGGAGGAUGAAAAAAAAUAGCAAGCUGUCAUUUCAGAAAGGGCUGAUGAGUGCCAAUCACUGCUGACAUGCCUUGUGAAAUACUUGAAUGUGUAUGGAAAGGAUGUGAUUAGUUAUUUACAUGCUCGAGGCUUGUUUAUACAAGCUACAACAUGGCCAAGUUACAAAUCUUAACCUAAAGGGGAAGAAAAAAAAAAAAAAGAAA